GAACGGUUGGCAGGAAUGUUUGCGUUGCCAGAUUGGGUUAAAGUUACCAAUUUUUAGUAGGUCAACAGAUCGAUUUAAUUCGCUGGUGAUUAUUGGGGCUGGUGAGUGGAUGCGGUGCGUUCGGGCUGUAGAAAUGCAAGUGUCGAAUGUUUUAGAUGUAUCGGAGCUGUGCUUUCUGAUACUCGAGUGGUAACUGUGACUGUGGUGGAGGUCGCGAGGUAUUCUGGGAGGAGCUGCUCCAACGAUCUUCCAUAUCUGUCAUCUCGGGCAGUGCAAGAAAAAGAACCGUGAGGGUUUUCCGUUCCGAGAGAUUUCCUUUUGGUAUGUAGUUGGUGACUCGUCGAAGAAGAAGAAGGGAAACCAACAGCUCCUACGAUGUUUACGGGCACGUUACGCUUGAAGCUUUGCGAAGCGACGGGGCUUAGACCCACCGACUUCCAGAAGCGUCAUAACAUGACGUUUGGGAAACCUGAGGAGCAGCUGAUCGACCCGUAUAUUACCAUAGACGUGGAUGAGUCCCAUGUGGCUCGGUCCACUACCAAACAGAAGACCUUUGAUCCUACUUGGAAUGAGGAGUUCGAUCAUCAGGUGGAGAAUGCCAAAACCCUUACACUGACAGUGUUCCAUGAUGCUGCUAUACCACCGGAUGACUUUGUUGCAAAUUGCUGCAUACCAUUUGAAGAUGUUGUGAACAAGAAGAAGGAUGAGCUAGAUUUUUGGGUUAAUCUUGAACCUAAAGGCAGAUUGCACAUUCAGAUUGAACUGAAAAACAUGAUUGGUAAAAUAACAAUAUAUUGUUUGUUUAUAUUUUCUUUUGUUAUUGUUGUUAUAAUAGAGUUUCAGGGUGCUAAGCCAAGGGAGUUCAAGGAACGUCAGGGCUUUAACAGGCGUCGCGGUGCUAUGCGACGCCGUGUGCAUCAAGUUAAUGGACACAAAUUCAUGGCUACGUUUUUGCGCCAGCCAACAUUCUGCUCCCAUUGUAAAGAAUUCAUAUGGGGUCUGGGAAAACAAGGCUAUCAGUGCCAAGUGUGCACCUGCGUGGUCCAUAAAAGAUGUCAUCUUCUGGUGGUCACUAAAUGCCCUGGCAUGAAGGAUGAGUCGAGUUUUCAGAGUACUCGCUUCAAUGUGAACAUCCCACAUCGAUUCGUCGUCCACAAUUACAAACGGUUCACAUUCUGCGAUCAUUGCGGUUCAUUGCUUUACGGCUUAAUAAAGCAAGGUUUGCAGUGUCAAGUUUGUAGCUUGAAUGUACACAAACGUUGCCAGAAGAAUGUGGCCAACAAUUGUGGAAUCAACACCAAGCAAAUGGCUGAAAUCUUAAAUGCCAUCGGUGUCUCUCCAGAUAAGCAGACGCCAAGACGUAGCAAGUAUGUGUCGUCCGGUGGAAACGGCGGACAGGCUGAAGGAGGAGCCGAAUCUCAGAUUGGAGUUGGAGACGAUCCAGAGCUUCAAGAUCUCGCAAAAAUGGUCGAAGAAAAGCUGCACAACAACGGCGAUUCUCAAGAUAAGAUAGGAUUAAAUGAUUUCCAUUUCAUAAAAGUGUUAGGCAAGGGUAGCUUCGGUAAAGUAAUGCUCGCCGAGAAGAAGGAAACCGAAGAAGUGUAUGCAGUAAAAGUAUUGAAGAAAGAUGUAAUCAUUCAGGAUGAUGACGUCGAUUGCACAAUGACGGAGAAAAGGAUUCUAGCGCUGGCCGCUAAACAUCCCUUCCUGACAGCUCUGCAUUCUUGCUUCCAAACGUCCGAUCGGCUUUUCUUUGUUAUGGAAUACGUGAAUGGUGGCGAUCUGAUGUUUCAAAUUCAAAGAGCGCGGAAGUUCGACGAGCCAAGGGCUAGAUUCUAUGCGGCCGAGGUCACACUCGCGCUCCAGUUCUUACACAAACACGGUGUUGUAUAUCGUGAUCUCAAAUUGGAUAAUAUAUUAUUGGAUGCCGAAGGACAUUGCAAGCUGGCCGACUUUGGUAUGUGCAAGGAGGAUAUUUUAGAGGGCGCCACGACUACCACAUUUUGCGGCACACCCGAUUAUAUUGCUCCAGAGAUUCUGCAAGAAUUGGAGUACGGAGCAUCUGUUGAUUGGUGGGCACUUGGUGUAUUGAUGUAUGAGAUGAUGGCUGGCCAACCGCCGUUCGAAGCCGACAAUGAAGAUGAUCUCUUCGAGUCAAUCUUACAUGACGACGUACUAUAUCCUGUUUGGUUGAGCAGGGAUGCCGUUAGCAUUUUGAAAGGAUUCAUGACUAAAAAUCCCAGCAAGAGACUGGGUUGUGUUGUAGCACACGGCACCGAACAAGCUAUUCGUGCGCAUCCAUUUUUCAGAGAAAUGGAUUGGAACGCUUUGGAACAACGCAAAGUGCGUCCACCAUUCAAACCAAAAAUUAGCAAGAAAGAUGCAUUGAAUUUCGAUGCAGAAUUUACCAAAGAAGAGCCGGUGCUCACACCCGUAAAUUCAGAAGUAUUGAGAUCUAUCAAUCAGGAAGAGUUCAAAGGAUUUUCGUUCGUAAAUCGUGAUUUUAACCCAGGCCGCUUCACAGACUAACUACGUGCAAUAUAGCUUUCAUUUCUAGGUUGUAAUCUUACCAAAGAUUAAAAAAAAAAUGUAUAUGUAU